AUGGAGCUCGAGGUGUGGCUUGUCUAUGGGUGGGCCACCCUGGUGGAUGUCCUCACCCAAGUUUGGUACAAGCUCUGUCCACCCAGUCAACCCACGGCCACGUGCACCACAGUGACGCCGGCUUUCAUGCGCCGGCUCCUCAAUCUCGAUCCCACGGCCCCCUUGACCGUGGAGCAAGGCGCCCUCAGUGAGAAUCGCGGCCUCUCCAACAACAUGCAGUCCAUUGAUGUCCAGAUUGAUGGCGUUCAACAUCGAUUCAUGCUCAAGAGCAACAUGGUCGGACAACGCCGCGUGCGAGCCAUGGGCAUCUUCUUCAACGUGACCCGUGAAUCGCGAGCCUACACGUUUCUUGAGCAGCGCAACAUGGACCUGUCCCCAAAAAUGAUCUAUGCCAAUGCCAGUGCCUGGACGGGCAGCUCAUGCAUUAUUAUGGAGCGCUUGGGCCCCGAUGGCAUCUGCGGCGUCAACAUGUACUUUGGCAACCAGUGCUGGGGUGUGCCCCCCUUUGCCCCCGGCGCCGAGCGGCCUUACGAUCAGGUGGCGCGCGCUGUCAUGGAAGCCCAAGCACGACUCCAUGCAAGUGACUGGUGCAACCCCGCCCUUUUGCAUGGCAGCGAAUUCAGCUGGCUCAAAAGCCAGGGCUGGUACACGGGCCACGGCCGCAGUCAGUGGCAGGCUGGCUUUGAGGCCACCGCCAACUCAUGGCAGCGCAUCCGCAAGGACCUAGCCAACAGCGGUACCAAGUGGGAUCCCAAACUUGUCGCAUUGAUUGACGCGUCCAUGGCUGCCACCACCUGGGACAGCGUUCAAGCUUUCCUGCGCGGUGCGGGUGGCCAAGUCUUCUCCAUCGUGCACGGUGACUGCCACGCCUCCAACAUGCUUUACGACCUGCAACGCGAGCGCGUGGUUAUGGUGGACUGGUCUGAACUCGCCGUGUGGCAUCCCAUGACCGACAUUGGCCAGUUCAUGAUCAGCGAUGUCACCGUACCCGUGCGCCGUCAGCAUGAAAAGGCUUGGGUCCGCCACUACUGGGAGCAGCUGUGCGCCAACGGCGUCCAAGAUUAUACUUGGGAGCAAUGCUGGCAAGACUACCGCGAACGUUCCCUUGAGCGCUGGAUUCUCAUGCUGGUGCUCUUGGUUGGCAUGCCCCUUCCUCCAGUGGCAAAGCAGUACUUUCAUGAUCAGGUGGCCGCUUUUGCCCAGGAUCAUGCUGCAGAUGUGCAGUCUAUCCUUCUGGGCCCGACCAUCUCCAUCCUCUCCUCGGCCCUCGAGGGCUAG